AAUGCGCGGGUUCUUUCACUUUGAAGGCAUGCAAGCAAUGUGUUUACAAUCUGUAAUUUUCCUGCUGUUACUUCGAAGUUUAACUUGUUAAAAGUAUUUUAUUUACCGUAAAAAGUACUCGGUUUCCUUUUGAUAAACAUCCAGAAGCCGUGUAUCCGCAAGAAGGGAACUCCGCCGAGUUGAUGAACAUUGGUGAACGAGACGGCUGCUUUUCUAUUUCCUGAGUUGCCCUCAGUGUCUCGUGAUGAGCCGUCGCCAUCUUUUGAAUGACCCGAGGAUUACAUGCAAAGCCAUUUAAAUCACCAGCUCUAUAAUAUUGUUUUGCUGGCCAGCACUUUACUUUAAUUUACUUUUUUACUUUUUCUUGUUGCUAAAGACAAUAUAAGGACACUUGAAGACUUAUUCUAUUUUUUGGAUAACAAGACCGUUCGGUAUUUAGUUUGUUUAUGGACUGAGAAAGACCAUACGUUGUUGCUGUUGAGACAUUUAAGUAUUUGGUUUAACGUCCUAAAAAAAGGAAAUGUUAUUUUCGUAUUCCAAUUGUUAACCAAAACAUAAUUUAAUUUCCAUGUGCUUUAAAUAUACUGUUAUAUGGUGUAUCCGAUUUCCAUUAUGAUGAAGAAGAUGCGUUUCAGUCCAGCUGAAUAAAUCUGGAUGAUAGUACACUGCUAUCACAACCCAAGUAAAUUCUGUUUAUUGGUUACACAUGCAUGAUCACAUACACUUGGGAUAUUUUGUCAUACCACGCCAUGGAAUCAAUCAACUACAUCGCUAAACUCAAUGAGUAUGUGCAGAAAAGUGGCUGCGAGUUGAAGUACGACGACGUGGGUUCCGAAGGCCCUGCUCAUAUUAAAACGUUUACUCAAACGGUGAUAUUAAACGGCAAACCAUACCCAGAGGGCGUUGGAAAAAACAAGGAGGAGGCCCGGCAAAUUGCAGCCAAACACGCUUUAGAGAGCGUUUUGGGGACAGACUCAGACCACUCCCAUGUCUCGGGGUGGUCCAUGAGGGACGCUACAGAGCCAAUUAAUCAGGCAAGGCUCACCCAACCCAACUACAAAUGCUGGAUCUACGAGCACAGUCAGAAGAACCGGGUUCGUAUACGGGCACUGGAGUCCACCGCGAUGGAACUAGGCCACACUAAACAUUGUUGUAAGUUUGUGAUUGACGGUACGGAGUACCCGUCUGGCUCUGGGAGAACGAAGAAGGAGGCAAAGGAGGACGCAGCCAGGCUUGUAUAUGAGAAGAUAUGGAGAAAUCCACUCUCAAAUACCGUAGAUCAGAGUGGCAGUGUUGAUCCAUCGAGUCCUCAAACAAAUGAAUUGAAUCAAGACAUGUCGGAGGCAAUUCUAUCCCCCAGUGGUUCAUCUGAAAAUAUGGAGGUGAGCUUCAGAGAGCCUUCUGGCUUGACUGAGCUUACAUACUUAGGACUGUACAGCCAGCAUCAGCAGGAGAACAUGUGCAACAUGGACUCUUCAUUGGUGGAAAGAUGUGGUCCUUCACACUGCCCUCAGUUGGUUAUUGACGGUAGGGAGUACCCUGAAGUCGAGCGGAAGCCUGCAAAGGUGGCCAAAAAAAGGACAGCAAAGGAGGCCUUGUCUGUGCUCCAAGAGUCGUCAGACUGGGACAGCAAGGCAAAUGGGAAGUCUGCCAAAUUGGAAGAGGAUAGCACAUCUAAUAAAGCAACAUCAGACGUGGCAUCCUCCGCAUCUGGUAGCUGGAACAAUUCCUCUGCACCUCCCAAGGAAGAAAAAUUGGGUAUCAAGGCUAAAAUCAAACUUGGAGAGAAAUUCAACAAAGAACCAUCCAAUACACCAAGAGGUCCAACUACUUCUAGGUUCUUAACAGAAUACGACAAUAUUAAGUGUAUUGGGAAAGGGGGCUAUGGUGACGUUUACAAGGCAAGGACGAAACACUUGGAUACGUAUUGCGCGGUCAAGAUAGUGCCCUAUAAAGAGAAUGCUCUGCGUGAGGCAAAGUUUUUAGCAAAGCUACAGCAUCCUAAUAUCGUUCGAUAUUACACCUCCUGGAUUGAGGAUCAGAAAAACAUUCCUCCCAACUGUGAAGGUUCCAGCUCUUCCCAGUCAAGCAGCGAUACGUCCGGGCAGUACCUGUACAUCGAAAUGGAGCUGUGUGACAUGAAGAAUCUGCAUGUGUGGAUACAGGAGAAGAACUCAUUGCAUCAGGAUCCCACUCGGAAGAAGGAGAGUUUAGGCAUCAUGAAGAAGAUGAUAUGUGGCGUGGAAUACAUCCAUUCCAAGAAACUAAUGCACCGGGACCUAAAGCCCUCUAACAUUAUGGUUGGAUUGGAUGGAGAGGUGAAGAUCGUGGAUUUUGGUCUGGUGACGGCAGAGAGUGACGAGGAAGGCAAUGUGUUGGAGAAAACGAUGGGCAGGGGCACUAAAUCGUUUAUGCCGCCUGAACAAAGGUACAAAAACGUAUACAACAAUAAGGUGGAUAUAUUUGCAUCCGGCUUGGUAUAUUUGUCGAUGCUGUGGAAUUGCUCCAAUCAUGAAAUGAGUAAACGUUGGGAGGACAUCAGAAAACAAAAAAUUCCAGCAGACUUCACACGGUCAUUUCUUGAAGAGUCAGUCCUAAUUAAAUCGAUGCUACAUGAAAAUCCUGAAUCCCGACCCUCUGCUGAGGAGAUAACGGCUAACCUGGAGCGGUGGGAUCUUCCCACAGCGAGACCAACCAGAACCAAUUGGGCGGACAAGGCCUGGUCAUCAGCGCCCUAUUCUUAAUAAUCUAUUAACUGCACUAUGUAACUUUGUCACUCCGACGGCGGAGGAGAAAUAUGGAGCCGUUUUAUGUUUAUGUAUAUUAGGGUUGCCGCGGUGUGGACAUUUUCAUACCAAUACGCUCGUGUCAACACCGGUAUAAACGGUAUUAACUUUGAAACUAUAGGUCAACCGCCAUCUUCUCCGUCAACUCUCCUCUCACACUCGGUGACAGCGGCUGGCAGCGCGCCAAUUCUCGGCGUCUUAUAACGUUCUCCGCGGGGUUUGUUUACCGGCGUUGCUAUGGUUACCGGUCUUGUAAGGAAGCACGUCAAUUCUCGGCGCGACAAUUCUCCCGCACAGAGCAGAACUGUGGCCUAUUCUACACAUUUUAAUUUUCUUAAUUAUAAUUAUAUUCAUUUUUACUGAAUUUUUUUUUUACGCGAAACAGCGGCCAGCCGUGGCUGUCGUCGCAGCCAGCCAGCCGAUACCAGCCAGGCGUCGCAGCCCGUCAAUACGUCGUAUAAUUAUCAUACCAUCCUACUAAAACAUACAAAAAUGUUAAAAUGAAACAGGCCGAUUGCGUCAAUAAGUUUGACUAAAAGAGCAAAACUAUGACCAUCCGUGGAGAGAAUCGAACACCGGCCUUCAUGAUUGCUAACCUAGCAUUGGCUUCAUAUUAUUGCACUUAUAUUUAUGUUUAUCACUCUAUGACGAAGAACUUUCUGCAUAGUAUACGUUAUUAGGCUUAAUGACAUUUAACAAAACAAAUAGGCUUUAUAUAAUAUAUAAAAGAGAUUAUUUGAAUACGCCCCAAAUUACAACUAAUAUAUUUUAUUGAUACUGAUAGACCAACUAUUUCAUCAUUUAAACUGUACUUAAAUAGAAAAAUAUUAAAACAAUAUUAGCAUUAAAGAGCUUUAGGUAGCUUUCGCCAGAGAGCAUGGCUUUCUGGUACUUCAACUGAUGCAAAAAAAAAGUUCAUAACAUGCAAAUCAACUGAUUAUAUAGACUUUGAGCGAGCCAGCCAGUGACCACAGCGACUGAAAGCAGCCAGACGAGCGACCCACACAGCGACCAAUGCGACCUACGUCGCGACCAAUGCGACCUACGUCGCGACGCACGUCGUUGGCCACUCAGAGAGCUCGGCCCUACAGUACAUUAGCCUGCCAGACGUCUACACCCACACAGACAUACCUGUGACGAAAGACAAUGUUCUUGUUGAGAUGGACUUGAAAAGAUGGUUGUAGCUGCGAAAAGAAGUACGGAGUCGCAGAUCGACGCAUAUGUUGAGAUACUGAUCGGAGUGAACGCUCACUCUGCAAUGGAGCCAUGGAAGAUAAUCCACAACCAAGACGACGGGCCUUAUGCUGUAAGACGACCCUCGGUUGGGUAGUUAAUGGCCCUCUCAAGAAAGGUGACGAUCACCACAAGUCAAGCCACUACAGUCAAAGGGCUUCAGUCAACAGACUCAUGACAGCGGCAUGGACAGCAUGCUGCUGCAGCAAUACAAUUAUGACUUUCCGGAGCAAGCCUAGAGAAGUCAGAAAUGUCUCAUGGACAAUAAAGGACAUUAUUAUUUAGGACUUUAUUAUUUUCUAUGGUUGCCUAUCUUGUGGGCCUCACCUAGAUUGGUCGAGGUUUCUUAUGUUAUAUGAAAGAGGACAGAAGGGGAUUAGAAUAUACAAAAUGAUUCUAUAGUUUUAGUUAGGUAAUUGUCAUCCCCCCCAUGAUGAGCAAUUAGGGGCCGGAAAUGUGAGUGCCGUUUUGCCAUAUUGUAAUUUAGCCUCAGAUUUAGAUAUUAUAUUAUUUAGAUGAAUAUAUAGUGAUUGAUUAUUAUAUUGAUUGACUAAUUGUUUUUCAUAGUUUUGCAUUUGUGUUUAAUAACUGUUUAGUGAACUUGCUUUCAUUGCUUAGUAUUAUUAGAGAUGCAUAGGAUAUAUUAGUUGCUUUAGAGCGAGCUGUUAUGACGUAGGCUUUCACGCAAUUAGGGAGAGUAAAACUGUGUGUAUUUGUAUCAUUUGUUUCAUUCAGUAAAGACGGAGCGAACACACUGUUUCUCUACCGUCGUUUCAACACAGUAAACGCGUAGACCUUGUUCUUUCUGUCAUGGUUAAGUGACUGAAUUUGUUCAGAGAUAUCGACUGAUCACAACAAUGGAGCUUUAGCCACUACAGCUAAAGUUAGAUAACGUUUCGCCUCAUUGGAUUUCCAUCCCACCCAAGUGUUAGUUGAUGACACCUUAUCCCUGCCCUCACGCCCCUCCCGGUCUCUGACCCCCAGGGUUAGUUGAUGACACCUUAUCCCUGCUGGCCCUUCCCUGGCAGAUCCCUUUCUCGCACUGCACUAUUGAUCAAUGUUUUCAUAACUACAGUAAUUAUGACUUGUGUGGUGAAACCAUUGUGGCCAAAAAAAAAAAGUGUGGUGCCCUCCUUGUCUGUUAGGAGGGAUAGGCACUGCCUUCUUUUUAUUUACAAAGCCGCAAUAAUAAAAGCCAUAACUAAUACGUUUCAAACUAAAUUAAAAUCAGGAAUUCACAAUUUUCCUUUGUUAAUCCAUGUCUGUAAUUGUGUAAUAAACCGGUUUUACUUAAA